AUGUGUCACUACAGAAUCACCACGUACGAGAACUGCAAGGCCAUCAGGAAGCACCUGGUCGUCUGCGCGAACCAAGUCGAGCACUCCCACUUGCAGGUCGACAACCACCCGUGCGCCAACAUCACGUCCGCGCAGCGGGAGCUCGGGUUCACCACCUACUGUAACUGCAAGGUCGACGAGACCCAGUGCAAUCGAAUGGCUCGUCCGGCGUUCGGGGAGCGCAGAGGCAACACUGGCUACACCUGGGCCUUUGAGAAGGUACCUGCCCGUGCCACUGAGUGGGGGGGGAGCCGAGCUAGGAACGAGGGGGAGGGGACCUCGAGGGCUGCAUCUGAGAUGGGUUCCAGCCAUGGCGGCGGAGUUGGGGGUCUCCUUGGGCCUGGACGUCGGGGCGCGAUUGAUCUAGGAGGAUCGAGAGGCGCCCGCGCUAGGGACGAUGAUCAACCUAUGGGUAGCGGGGUCCUCACGGACAACGCGGGAAACGGGGCCAAGAAGAGGAAGACGAUGGGGGAUACCAGCGGUACCGUCGUCGACAAAGAGAAUGAGGUCGGCCAAGAUGUUGACAUGGGCUUGUAG